AAAACAGUCACACAACAACUGCCUCGCUUCAAAACUAGUGCUUUUUAGAAGGUGGUAUAACGGAUAUAAAAGGCCAUCCAUUCACCAGGAACUGCCAUCGCUCUGUCUCCCACACAUCCCAUUUAAUCCUUUCAAGUCAUACCUCUCGGCUCCUCCGCCAGUUCGCAGUCCCAUCCAUGCUUGCCGACGGGUAUAUUAUCUUUCUUACUCUUAUCCUUGAUCUUUGUGCGGCCGUUAUCCGAUAUCGAACCGGAGAAUGGUCCUCUCCCGCAAAGUCCUUUCUGGUCUGCUCGCAUUUGGCCUUGCUGGGCGUUGCCUUGCGGGCUACAACGGGACUCACAUAACUUACAUCCCGGAGUCCACCGAGUGGGAUGGGGCAGGUACCAACCUGACCGUGACCUUUGACACGGUCAAUGCCGACUACGUGAGCCUGUACGCGCAAGACGGGGAACUCGCCAAGCGCACGGGGAUCGCCACCGCGGUGGCCUACGCGACGGUGGUCGGCGGCGUCUCGACCGUCGUUCUAGCCGCCGAGGCCGGCGUCAACAUUUACCAGUAUAUUGCCGCGAUCAUCAAGGCGAAGUCCACCGCCGAUUCGUGCUCGGUCACCUACGGCGUCGACUCCGAAGAAAGCUAUGUCGAGGGCUACGCUUAUGAGGCCACGACCUCUGGCUCAAACUGCGAGACCACCGCCGAGAAGAAGACGAUCCUGGCCGCCGUCGAGAACUGUGCCACCGCCCUCAACGCCGCCGGCGCUGUCCGUGGUUGCUGUACGAUGACCCAUGGCGGUACCUGGGAGGGUCACUUGCGCUUGACCGCGGAGCCGAGCAAAUAACCUGCUACCACGGCGACUUGUUGAGGGGAAUGAGGUAGAAUGGUAGAUGACGAGUUGGGAUUGAAGCGAAACGGAAUAAAGAAGCUUG